AUGCGGCUGAGAGACAUCGGUGUUUUGACGGCGUCGCUGGUUGCCUGUGUUGGUGCCGCGUCAACCUUCUCGCCUGCACGUCCCCCAGCGUUGCCGCUGGCGGUCAAGUCCCCUUAUUUGAGUACCUGGCAGGAUGCCGGCAGGGAUGGGGGCAAUGGGGGAUAUUUGGCCGGGCAGUGGCCUGUCUUUUGGAAUAACCAAGUGACGGGUUGGUGUGGUUUGAUUCGCGUAGAUGGUACCACCUAUACUUGGAUGGGUCUCCCCAACACCCAGCUGGUGGAUCAAACGGCCUUCGAAUACACUUCCACCAAGAGUAUCUUCACAAUGAACGUGGGCGGAAAAGUCGAAAUGAACAUCACUUUCAUGUCUCCACUCACACCAGACGAUUUUAAGCGCCAAUCUCUCGUCUUCACCUACUUGAACGUCGAUGUCUCCUCUUUGGAUGGCAAUGAGCAUGAUGUGCAGCUUUACGCGGAUAUUUCUGCCGAAUGGGUCACUGGUGACCAUUCUGCUGUCGCACAGUGGGAUUAUGGAACGUCAGAGGGCGUCGCAUAUCACAAGGUGUUCCGACAGACUCAAUUGGCCUUCUCCGAAACAAACCAACAAGCCGACUGGGGUAACUGGUACUGGGCAACCGACGCCACGAAGGGAAUGACCCACCAGUCUGGCCAAGACUCGGUGGUACGAGGGCAAUUCACAAACAAUGGAGCUCUCACUAACGGCGUGGACACCAACUACCGCGCGAUCAACAAGGACUGGCCAGUGUUUGGAUUCGCAUCCAACCUAGGUAAGGUCACGUCAACGCCCGUCAGCACUCUUUUCUCUCUUGGUCUCACUCAGGACGAGGCCAUUCAAUUCGAGGGCGCGUCUGGUUAUGCUCCUGUCCCUUCUCUAUGGAAAAGCUACUUCAACACCGACGUGGCGGCCCUUACAUUCUUUCACAAGGACUUUGCAGAGUCAGCGGGUCUGUCGGGCUCCUUCGAUAGCAAGGUUGCCAAAGACUCCAUUGCGGCUGCCGGCCAGAACUAUCUCACUCUGACCUCGCUGUCGGCCCGACAAGCCUUCGGUGCCACCCAACUGUGCGGUACGCCUGAUCGGACCUAUGUCUUCCUGAAAGAGAUUUCCUCGGAUGGUAACAUGAAUACCGUCGAUGUGAUCUUCCCCGCGUAUCCAAUCUUCUUGUAUGCCAACCCGCAAUAUCUGAAGCUGGUUUUGGAUCCCUUGUUCAUCAAUCAAGAGAGCGGGUAUUACCCUCAGAGCUAUGCCAUGCACGACCUGGGCUCCAGCUACCCUAACGCCACUGGGCACAACGACGGGAAAGAUGAGGCGAUGCCCCUGGAGGAAUGUGGAAACAUGAUCAUCAUGACCUUGGCUUACGCCCAAAAGGCUGGGGACACGGACUAUCUUCACGCUCACUACAACAUCCUCAAGAAGUGGGUCAGCUACCUGGUGGACGAGGCCUUGUACCCAGCAAAUCAGAUCUCUACCGACGACUUUGCGGGAUCUCUAGCUAAUCAAACCAACCUGGCCCUGAAGGGAAUGAUUGGCAUUCAGGCCAUGUCCGUGAUUGCUGAAGAGACGGGUCAUGCUGACGAUGCCAAGAGCUAUUCCAAUAUCGCUCACGACUACAUCGCUCAGUGGCAGACUCUGGCCAUUAACUCAAAGGCCAAUCCCCCUCACACCACCCUAUCGUAUGGGGAUGAGAACAGCCACGGUCUCCUUUACAAUCUGUUUGCCGAUGCUCAGCUUGGGCUGCACUUGGUGCCUCAAAGUGUUUACCAGAUGCAGAGCGACUUUUACCCUACCGUUACUAACAACUAUGGUGUGCCGUUGGACACUCGCCACACAUACACCAAGGGUGACUGGGAGUGUUUUGUUGCCGCCAUUGCCAGUACCUCUACGCGGGAUAUGUUUAUCAACGACCUCGCCAAAUGGAUCAAUGAGACUCCGACGAACCGCGCCUUGACCGAUCUCUACGACACCGUCUCGGGAGAUUAUCCUGGAAUCACUUUUGUUGCACGACCAGUGAUGGGUGGCUCCUUUGCGCCGCUUCUCGUUGCGUAA